GAUCAAAGGCUCGCAUUCUCCGACGCGCUUGGAGCUUACGUUACAAAAAAGCCUUCCAAUCCACUGGUCCGAUGUCUGUAAUAAGAGCCGCCAUCUUCUUCCGUCGUUAAUUGCAAGGAGGAGAUCUAGGGUUUCCAAGCCUCUCUGCGUCCGAUGGCGCCUAGCUCCUCCAAUGGCAACGAAAACCCUAAUCUUAAGCCGACUCCCGACGCCGACGGCUCCUCCGUGGAGGCCGUCGCUCGUAGAAUACAAGAAUCUCUCGCCCUGCCGAAGCGGCACCGCUUCUGGGAGACCCAGCCCGUGGGGCAGUUCAAGGACCUGGGCGACGAUUCCCUCCCGGAGGGACCCAUCGAGCCCCCCUCCCCUCUCUCCGCGGUACGCCCGGACCCCUACAACCUCCCCGCCUCGUACGAGUGGUGCACCGUCGACGUCGACGACGCCGCCGCCAGCGCCGAGGUCUACAACCUCCUCUCCCUCAACUACGUCGAGGACGACGACAACCUCUUCCGCUUCAACUACUCCCAGCCCUUCCUCCGCUGGGCCCUCCGUCCCCCCGGCUUCUUCAAAGCCUGGCACAUCGGCGUCCGCGUCAAGGACUCGAAGAAGCUCGUCGCCUUCAUCACCGCCGUCCCCGCCAGGAUUCGCGUCCGCGACGCCGUCGUCGGGAUGGCUGAGGUCAAUUUCCUCUGCGUCCACAAGAAGCUCCGCUCGAAGCGGCUGGCCCCAGUCCUGAUCAAGGAGGUAACCCGGCGGGUACAUCUGGAGAACACCUGGCAGGCGGCGUAUACCGCUGGUGUGGUCAUCCCGACACCGGUCGCCACGUGCCAGUACUGGCACCGCUCGCUGAACCCUAAGAAGCUCAUAGACGUGGGCUUCUCCCGGCUCGGGGACCGGAUGACCAUGAGCCGGACCAUCCGGCUCUACAAACUCCCGGAGUCCCCGGCUACACCAGGGCUCCGGAAGAUGGAGCUUCGCGAUGUGGCCGCGGUCACCCGGCUGCUGAGGGAGUAUCUCAGUCGGUUCGUCGUGGCCCCCAACUUCGAUGAGAAUGACGUGGAGCAUUGGCUUCUCCCAAGGGAGGAUGUGGUGGAGAGCUAUCUGGUGGAGAGUCCUGAGACGCAUGAGGUCACCGAUUUCUUCAGCUUCUAUUCAUUGGCAUCCUCGAUCCUUUCCAACCAGCAUCACUCGGUCUUGAAGGCUGCCUAUUCGUUCUAUAAUCUGGCCACAAGGACACCCUGGGUACAGCUGAUGAAUGAUGCGCUGAUCGUGGCGAAACAGAAAGAUUAUGAUGUGUUCAAUGCAUUGGAUUUGAUGGAGAACGAGAAGUUCCUGAAGGAGCUGAAGUUUGGGCCUGGUGAUGGGCAGCUCCACUACUAUCUUUAUAAUUAUAGGAUUAAGGAGCAGCUGAAACCUUCUGAACUCGGGCUUGUGCUCUUGUAGCUUCUUGUUUGCUUUAUGAUUUUGAGGUCAGGGACAGGUUAAACAUUUUUGCACGUCUCUCUUUGCUACACUUUGCUGUGUUGUUGCUGUUUUAUAAGCAUCUAUGAUAACUUUGAAUCUUCAGUUGUCUUGGAAAUCAAGAGGCCUGUAUAUCGGGCCUUUUUUCCAUUCA